CUUUUUUCUUGCUUCUUCUGCAUUCCUCUUUCGUGGCAACGAAAGCAAACAAGCUGUGUGUCAGCAGUUGACAGGAAAAGUGAUUAACGUUUUGUUUUUCUCACGAUUGGAACUUCUGUUGCCGAAUAUCCAUAAUACAUCGGUUUACCGCAAUGUCCUCUAGCGAUGGAAUCUCGCAGGGGAUAAAUUUCCUGGAUCUUCCGGAUUGUAUGAUCGAGCAAGUGUUCGAGUACCUCACCUACGACGAAAUAGCCAAGAAGCGAAUUGUUUGCAGGAAAAUUGACCGCGUUUGCCAAUCGCUAUUGAAUCGUGGUUUCAUGAAAAUGAUCAAAAGGCAUAAUGCAAAUCUAAAAGCCAUUAAAUCGCAGCUUCCACGAAGGGAGUCCGAGCGGAGGAAUCACCCACUGGCCAAACACUCAGACAUCCUGACCUGCAUCGAGACACGUAUUUCAAUGCUCUCGAUGACAUACUCCAAGUACAUCGAUAAGGAUUUGUGCUGCUUCAUUCCCGGAAAGGUAAUUGACGAAGUGUUCAACAUCUUGAAGCUCAUCGAGAGUACUUCAAAACCACUGCGGGCUCAUGAGGUUUUGCAAGAACUGAGGGACAUUUCGUCGAUGGCGAUCGAACACUUCGACGAAAACAUUGCUCACAGGCUGAAGCGCAUCAUGGGGGUUCACCAUCCGAGCGGAAGUCACUUGCCCUUUCCCACUCCAGGAUUUAUUCAAAACGAGGUUGUUCUGCCCUGUGACGUGAAUGGGGAAAAGUUGAUUCUCCCCACGUUGACUCCGAUUUCUCCGCAUAAGGCUUCCCCGCAACAACUUUACCAAAGUUCCUCUUCGGCUUGCAGUGCAAGUCGCAUAAAUAAUGCCUCGAUUGCUCGAAUUACUAACAAAUCCCGCAAGAUGAGACUCACCAUCAACAAGAUGGUGACAGGUAUGAGAAUCUCAAAGAAAGUGAUGAAACAAAUGCGUUCGCAAAUUAUGCGCAAUUGCGUCGAAAUUAAAGAUCUCCGCCGUCGGCUGGAGGAAUCCGAGGCCAAAAAUCGAGAACUGCUGGCCAACAUAAAUCAGCUCGCGUUCGGUGUUCCAUCCAGCUCGGAACAACUUGCGGCAUCGUCGGGUCAAUCCGAAGCGGCUGUGUCCAAGGCUAGCCGAGCGGCCGUGGUUCGCAAUAUCAAACCUCGCUCGGCGACCACCAUACUCAAACGAGUGCUAGCGAACGCCGAAAACCUCGGGAUGCCAUCAGCGGUGACUGCUCCGGAGGAAUACGAUGAACCGAUGCCAGGUAGCUCGAAGCGCGCCAAACAUAGCCAAGAAUAAUGCUAGUUCUUACUGAAAUCUCUCUCAAUAAGGUAUCAUGGUCGAUUCCUCUGUAAAGUCGAGGCAAAGAACACACAAGGAAAGCAUUUUUUUCCGUUGUGUUGUUUCUGUUUGUGCUGCUCAAUAAAUAUCUUUGUGGAGUUAUUUUUGAGUUUGACAUAACAUCCCGAUUCUCUCAUCCUUAAUAACAAAUUUGAAUUCAUGAAUCUGUGAGACUUUUGAGCGGCAUGUUCCUGUCGAAUGAAACUUUUCUCUGUUUUUAUCAAUAUGGUGAAUAGUUAGCAUUGUAUACCGCACGAAUAGAGUUUACUCGAUUACGAUUAGAUUUAGGAAUGUUAGCUUAAGCUUAUAUCCAAUAAUACCGAUUAACUAAUUAAGUUAGAAUGUAGAAACUCAACCGAUGCAUCGGCUAGAUGUGCUUAUAGUCUAAAAAUCUAUCAACAUAUAUGAAUGCUUAGCAGUUACGGAGUCGACACUCGUAUGUCUGAGUUUCAUCUUUACUUUUUUUCUUGUCGAACUACUAAAUGUUGUUUCAGUAAAUAAAUCUCAACAAAGUAAUAA